UGCAUUAUUUGAUACAACGCUUGUGGUAACACACGCUCACUAUCAACUUGCUGUGCUCUAAACCCGCCCCCGCCUGGGCUCUAAUUCCUCUUAAAACUCAGUAUCAAGCUGGAUUAAGGCAGACUUUCAGAUCUGUGGCCAUCAUUUGUCGACAGUUUAGUGUUGUGAGGCGGUGCUGGUGAGAGCCUUCCUUAGCGGCAGCCGCAGCCGCAGCAGCCGCCGCAGCAGCAGCCACCGCCAUUACCGCCGCCAAAGUGUGUGUUCUCUUCCCCCCUGAAGAACCAUUCCUCCCCCCAUCCGUGUUCUCUUUGUUCUGGCCUCCCCCAGCACAGCUGAACACUGACCGUCACUCCACACUGACCGUCACUCCACCCUGACCGUCACUCCACCCUGACCGUCAUUCCACCCUGACCGUCACUCCACCCUGACCGUCACUCCACCCUGACCGUCAUACGCACAACAAAAUGGACACCUUGACGGGCGGUCUAACAGAUGGUCUCUACGAUCUGGUCUCGGGCGGUCACCAUGCCACCCACGCCGACACCACGCACGCCCACGCCCACGCCCGCGACGCUGACGGCACUGGGUCGCUCACAGGCACGGGCGGCGCCGCCCACGCCCACCCACAGCACAAUGCCACCCGUCUGACCGUCCUCUCCGCCUCACGCCCGCACGAUCCGACGCCCAGAGACGUGGGAGAGAAACCGUCUCAGUCGUGUUCUACAGAAUCUGACGACGACAAGAACAAGAAGAAACGACAACGACGACAGAGAACUCACUUCACCUCCCAGCAACUACAGGAGCUGGAGGCCACCUUUGCUAGGAACAGAUAUCCAGACCUGAGCGCCAGGGAGGAGAUCGCUCUGUGGCUUAACUUGAAGGAAGCGCAAGUCAGGAUCUGGUUCAAGAACCGUCGAGCCAAGUGGCGGAAGCGGGAGCGUCACGCUAUGACGGCAGGAAUGCCGGGAGAGUUGAAGGGUGGCUGGGGCGCCCAGCUCAACGGUCUGGCCUGGCCUGACGAUGGUCUCUACUCCGGCUACUCCUACAACAAUUGGGCCAAGGUCACACCGCCACCCCUGGGGGCCAAGAGCUUCGCCUGGGGCUUCAACGGAGUCAACAUGAACCCCCUCAUGAGCCAGCAACCCUCAGCCAUGUCUCCCAUCAACUGCUUCCAGACACCGACUCAGAGUAUGGGCGGUUCUGCUAACCUUAUGCCCACCACCAUGUCUUCCUCCCUGGGCUCUAGUGCUGCCCCGUGCCCCUACCCGGCCCCGACACCUCCCUACGUCUACCGCGACCAGACCUCCUCCAUGUCCUCCUCCAUCGCCUCACUCCGCCUCAAGGCUAAGUCCCACUCCCCGGCCUUCUCGUACUCCAGCGGCGGGACAGAUACCAGGUCUCCUCCGGUAGCAGACAACAACGCCUUCUUCACCACGGCGGCGCCCACUGACAAGUUCUCCUGCAUGAAUACCGUCAUAGCGUAACGCCCGCGACACCCAGCCAACUGGUCUUCCGGUGGGGGGUGGUGAGCUGUCGUCACUUCCUCUGUAAAAUACUCCCGAGUGUGCGCAAGAUCUCCGGAUGCCUGAGACAGUGCUCAGCAGGCUCUCAAUACCUGACACUCAAUAAUUGCAAAAAAAUAACUGAUCAUUUAUACAGAGACCCACCACCGUCAUCCCCAGACCCUCCUGAAGGUGCGACACUCGCACAACCUGCCUUCCUAGGUCCACACUGUCCUGAAGGAGAAAUGCGCACGGUACUUGGUGGUGCUGAACGCUACUCAUGGAUGGCUUCCUGGAGGACGGCUUCAUGGAGGCGAGGGCAUCCUAUCUCUGGGCUCACAUGGCUUCUACUACCCCUUCCUCAGGAACCUUCUACGUCGCUACAGUCACCACGUGACAUGUCUGAAGGUCCUAUGUAUAGCAACUUUUGAGAGUCUCUUCUAUAGCAGCUCUUCUGUAUAGCGAGAGGAGCGGGGAGCUCUUAGACUGUAAUCCACUUCCGUAUACUUCAAUGAGUGGGGCAGAGUCAGUUUUGAUAGCCUUCUCCUAUAGCGUAUAUGACACGCACAUCCUAUACAUAGCGUACAUCAACUCGGUUCAAGGCGUAACUUUUCCCUUUCUAUUUCUUUGUAUAUAAUUCGUGUUGUAUAUAUGACCAAAUGGUGUAUCCGAAGUUUUUAAACGAGGUCCAGUGAUGCUGGCUACCAGUGGUUCAGCGUUAAU